AUGCUCGUCUGCUUCUUCACCGCCGUCCUCGCUGCUGGCAGCGUCGUGGCUCUGCCGGCCCGACGCGCCGACGCCGUCUCGCUCGACGCCAAGUUCGGACGGGACGGCAAGCGCUACUGGGGCGUGGCGACCGACAGAGACCGCAUGUCGCCCCAGGCCGUGGCCGUCAUCCAGUCGCAGUUCGGCCAGGUCACGCCCGAGAACAGCAUGAAGUGGGAGAACACGGAGCCCCAGCCGGGCCAGUUCCGGUUCGCCGACGCCGACGCCCUCGUGUACUGGGCCCAGAGGAACGGCAAGCUGGUCCGCGGGCACGCCCUCCUCUGGCACGCCCAGCUGGCCGCGUGGGUGCACGGCAUCUCCGACAGGGAGACCCUGACGAGGGCGAUCCAGAACCACAUUGCCCGCCUGGUCGGUCGGUACCGGGGCAAAAUCUACGCCUGGGACGUCUGCAACGAGAUUCUCAACGAGGACGGGUCGAUGCGCCAGUCGGUGUUUUACAAGGUCCUGGGCGAGGACUUUGUGCGCAUCGCGUUCGAGGCUGCGCACAGGGCUGACCCCAAUGCGAAGCUGUACAUCAACGAUUUCAACCUGGACGCCCCGGACGGUGCCAAGACGAGGGCCAUGGUUUCCAGGGUGCAGAGGUGGCGGGCGCAGGGCAUCCCCAUCCACGGCAUCGGCAGCCAGAUGCACCUGAGGACCGGCCAGGGGCCCGCCACCGCGGCGGCCCUCCGGGCGCUGGGUGAGGCGGCCCCCGAGGUGGCCGUCACGGAGCUGGACGUGGCCUUCGCCUCGCCGGCCGACUACGUCGCCGUGGCGAGGGGGUGCGUGGCCGUGAGCAACUGCGUGGGCGUGACGAGCUGGGGGGUCGGCGACGGCCUCAGCUGGCGCGGCCGCGAGUACCCGCUCCUGUUUGACGGCAGCUACAGGCCAAAGGCGGCUUAUGAAGCCGUCAUGAACGCCCUGUGA